UAAAUUCAUUACGUUCCCAAUUUCAACCGUUUGAAUUUAAAUUUAACAUUACUCGAAAAAUUUCCAGUCUGAGAAUACUAAGAUGUUCCCGCAAACGAAUAAAGUUUUCGACAAUGUUAGUGCAUUCGAUGCGAAGAAACACGUCGUAAGAAAUAAAUGUCUUCUGAAAAACGUCGAAGAGCUUACUUGGCACGGAACAAAUAAAAUGUCGAAGAAGUUCUUCCCCCAAAAGAUCGAUUAGAAUACCCGAAUUUUAAACAACCUCAAUUAAAAGAAUGCAAAGAACAAGAAAGAGAAUUAUCCGCCACAUUCCCGAAUGAUCAAGAGUACGAGAUAGAUAAGAUUCAAAAGCCAGUCUUUCAAAAUCCCGCGGUAGAGAAAUGUCUAAAUGAGUUAAUAAAGGAGACAUUAAACAGAUAUAUAGGAAUCAUGAUAACAAAUAGAAAAAUUUAACCAAAUAAAAUACGAAUCUUUCUAAAAAGCCUUUUACGAAUUUGAUAAUAAACACGAUAUACCUAUAUCUUCGAUCGCGAUGACGUUUGUUGCUCGUAAAGUAAGGAUUCACGUCAUGUAAUAUGAAUGUAGGUCAUCGAGUCACACGAUAAUCGAUAAGAGUAUAAAACGGAAACAGUAAAUUGUUGCUUUCGCAGUAAAUUGUCAAGUCCGAAGACUAAAUUUCGCGUGCAUAUAAAAGAAUAUCCAAAUGAAAAAUAAAAAUCUAAAAAUGUAAUUUUCCCGACUUCGAAAUUCAAACGUAAAAUGCAUUGCGACAAUUUAGUGAGUACAGAUAGUCAAUCUAAAUGGCAGAUAACUUUAUCCUCGAAAAAUUGCACGAUCAAGAAACAUUUCGAAAGUUGGCAGAUCUGUCGAAAAGAUGCGAGCAACGUAGAAAAAGAUUUGCGGUUGAUUUUAACGGUCCCGAAGUUGAAAAUUAAUUCGCAAUUAUGUUCGGCCGAGACGAUCAACAAAACCGCGGAUGCCGAGAUCUGUUGCAAUCGCGAGAAUCUCGAAGAACUGUUCGAAGCGGAGAACAAUGAGAGCGAUCGGGAAAACGGAAACAUAAUAUUGACGGAUUAUUUAAAAUUGGUAAAGAACGACGAAGUCAGAAUAAAUCUUUUACUGAAAAUUUUGACGAAAGCCGUGGAUGAGCAUAAAUGCUAUAUGAUCUGCGGCACAUUUCCAAUUCUGAAGAAACCGUUGACGGACAGAGGCUGGAUCGAGAAAAGAGCGAUUAAAAAAAUGAUAUCAAUCGCUUCCAAUACGUACGAAGACGGUUUACAGCAAAUAGUAAAAUUGCUCCGAGUUCCUGCGGAUUUUAUAUGGUAUAUGAAUAAGAGACCUGUUAUACGUCCGGACGACAAGAUUAUCGUGAAUAAAUUUGCUGGUAGCUAUUUUACGUCCAAGGUUGACAUGUGUAACAACUUAGAGAAAGCCUAUUGGUUUUACGAAGCCGGUGUGUCAAACAUACAAUUUCCUCGAUGUUAUCAAUCAGCGCAAAUGGAGGAAUUCGUACAAGAUUAUUACAUCACUGCGUGUUUCGGGAUUUUAAAAUGGUUCUCGUUGCUCGCCAACUUGGUAGGGCCGAAGAACACCUGGUCGCCGAAUGGAACAAUCCCUGUAAAUGCGAUUUCGUUCGCCUUGGAACGCUGUUUAGAAUACAUAAGCAUUCAAAUACACGAGGACAUAGAUCGUAAAGAUGAUGAUGAUACGCCUCUUUUUGCCUGGAAUCAAUUUUUAGAUUGGUAUCACGAAAUAAUAUACAAACGUAAUUUAUUGAAAGAAACCGACGAAGUCGACAUAAAUAAGCUUGUAACAUCUGUGCGCGAUGUAGAGAUAGCGAUGAUAAAGUAUCGGCCGCAAAGUAAGAUCGACGGUAUAAGAAAUAUAUGGAUUUUAAAACCAGGCGACGACAGCCUGGGACGCGGAAUUGUUCUGAAAAGUUCCUUAGUCGAUAUACUCGCCAAGGUGAACCAAGCAGCGAAAGAAAGUACCAAAUAUGUCGUGCAGAAAUACAUAGAGCGACCGCUGCUUGUUCACAAGACAAAAAUAGACAUCAGGCAAUGGUUUCUGAUAACCAGUACACAACCUCUGGUCGUAUGGAUGUACAAGGAUAUUUUGAUACGGUUCGCUUCGAAAGAUUUCACUCUCGACAAUUUUCACGAGUCCAUUCACCUGUGCAACACGACGGUACAGCUGAAGUAUCGGCAGUUACCGAUAUGCAAUUCCAGCUUGCCCGAGCAACGUCAUUGGAGUCUUCAAGACUUCAGGGAUUAUCUUCAAUCGCGCGGUCAAGAAUUGGCUUGGGAAAAGAUCAUCAGGCCGGGAAUAAAGCAAAAUCUGAUAGGAGCGCUUCUGGCGUCGCAGGAUAAUAUGGUGAAUCGUAAGAACAGCUUUCAGUUGUACGGUGCUGAUUUCGUAGUGGCCGAGGAUUUCUCGGUGUGGCUGUUGGAAAUAAAUACAAAUCCACGAUUGAAUCCGCCGAGCAGCGAAGUCACGGCAAAACUGUAUCCGGAAGUCAUUGAAGAUGCAAUGAAAGUGGUCUUGGAUCGGCGUAAAAAUAAAAGAGCGUCCCACGGAAGAUUCGAACGUAUUUACAAGCAACGCAAUCCAUUGUGCGGCGUCAAUAUUAUGGGACAAGGCACGAGUCUCGGCAUUCGUGGCAAAGGUUUAUUCGUGACGCCGAAAUCACCGCCGAGAUCUCUGGCAUAAAAAAACAACUGUAUGAAUACUUUCAAGAAAAUCAUCGUUAAUAUUCGUCAUCAUAUUUGGAAUUUGUUCGUGAAAAACAACUGUUAAAAAAAGGGGGGAAAUAAUGUGAUGGUUCUACAAUAAAUCUUCCAUUCGGCCAAUUUAACAGUA